CACGAAGUGUAUGGCCCGGUGAUUACGGUAUGGAUUGGAAACUUUCCAUUUGUGUUUAUUUGUGACCUGGAUAUGGCACGGGAGGGUUUUGGCAAAUGGGAAUUAACAGGUCGACCCCCAUCACAAUGGGGUAGCAUUUUAAGCAACGCCAGUCACAAUGGCAUCCUAUUCAAUGAAGAUCGUAAGAGUUGGCAAAGUUUGAGACAAGUCGCUCAAACUGCCGUUAGAAAAUACUCAAAAAGCGAUAAAUUAGCAACAAUAGUGGACUCCAGUGUAACGGAAAUGAUGGCACUUUUGAUUAGUAGAGAGGUUGGGACGACUAUUUUCAGUGAAAAGUUCAAUACCGAGAACGUAGAGUCGAAAAAGUUUAAAUAUUGUUCAACUGAUUUUCUACUGGACAUAGGGAACUCCAUGUAUCUCUAUGAGUUCAUACCAUUGUUGCGACCUUUUAUGAAAAAUCCGUUGGAUUUAUAUGAGACCUAUUUCACCGAAAUCAAGGACUACACGAGAAAUAUAUACAAAACACAUGAGAAUACAUACGAUAAGGACAUAAACCGAGACUUUUGUGAUGUACUCAUUGCCGCCAAACUGAAAGCCAUUUGCGAGGACAAGCAGUCGGCCCAGUAUUUUACAGAUGAAAACCUAUCCUCCGUUAUGAUCGACCUGUUUAUUGGCGGAGUCGAAACAUCAAUGACAACACUUCUAUGGAUGAUAUUAUUGAUGAUACGUAACCCAAAUAUGCAACGAAAGUUGCGAGAUGAGAUUCAUGAGAAGCUUAAUGGCAAUGUUCCUGUCAUAAGUGACAAGGUUAACUUAGAUUAUGUCAUGGCGUAUAUAAGCGAAACUUUAAGGUAUCCAAUUCCGGCGAAUACAUACGUUAUAGUGGACCAAGGUUGUAUUUUAAUGGAUGAGAAUAAUUGGAAAAAUGCCGACCAAUUUAUCCCGGAUCGCUUUCUAGAUGACCAGGGUAAAUAUGGUACUGUCAAACCGGCUGCAUUCAUACCAUUUAGUACGGGUCGUCGUAUUUAUUCAGUUGACAAAUGA